AAUGAUGAUAGGCGUGGCUUCUCUUGCCCCCGCGCCAUAACGGAUGCGAGGUUAUUAUCAACACGGCAGUCGGCUUCAGCGACUUCGUGGCGGGAAACGCGCGGCCUGGGCUGUUUCAUAACUCGGGCGAGUGGCGCCACUCUCGGCAUCGGCGAUGUCUUCAUUUCAGCAGCGCUCCACGCAUCCCUCAGUAACACGGUCACAUUCGGUGGCGCAAGAAGAGCAGCGGCGGCAGUAGGAGGAGGAGGAAGAGGAGGAAGAGACGCUCCGCCAUGGCUCCUCGCCGCGCUACAGCGGCGCAGCGAAUGGCCGAGAGCGCGGCCGCCUCGCUGCGGGAAACUCGCGGCCUCGUGGACCACGGCGUGGAGCGCGCCGUGGCGUUGGCGCUCGACAUGGCCAAGCUCAGCGGUGACGGGGCCGUCAUCGAGCAGAUCCAGGACACGCUGUGUCAGCUUAUCACCGUUGACAAACAUCUUAACAGCUUCCUCUCGGCUGUGAACGACGCGAAGCAGCAGCACGAGCAGGCGACGAGUGACCCCGUGGAGGACCUUAGCAAGCUGCUUGCAGCACGCAUGGAGACCACGGAUUCCACUUUCGAGCCUCGCCAGGACCAGCGUUUCCUUAACUUUCAGCGGCACAUCACAGACAUUCAACAGCAGGUGGAAGGGAAUGGCGCGGAGGGAGAGAUGCAGGAGGAUGUGGUGUUCUCCCAGGCGCAGCAGACCCUCACAUGCCCCUUAACAACGGUGCUGAUGCGACGGCCGAUGAGAAACAAGAAAUGUCAACACAGCUAUGAGGAGUCAGCCAUCAUGGAAUUCAUCCACAAGCAGCGCCAGAAGAAACGGCCGAUCAACCCGGGUUGCGGGCUGCAGUACCAACACAAGCAGUGGUUGGGUGAGCGCUGGUUAGCGCGGAAGGCACCGCGGAGCAGUGUGCGGUGCCGGCUCCCGGAGAGGGAGCAUCAGCCAGCCAGGGUUACGCUGGCUGACCUGUUGUCACGUGACCGGACGAUACUGGAGGGGGGCCACGGGUGGACGGGGGCUGAGGGGCGGUCACGUGGUCCUGGAGAGCUUUUGGGAACAUUCUAGGAGGAGCUCGAGGAGCCUGGAAGGGGGGCGGGGCUAGGGGCGGGGCUAGGGGCGGAGCCAGCCCCAGCGCCAGCCCCAGCACGGGAGCAUAUAACUAGAGCUCCAGGAAGAGCUCGGGGUGCUUCAAGUGUUGGCAUUCGAAGAUCCAUGUCGGGGAGAAGAAGCCUCUAGCCACGCGGUCCGGGACCCAGCUUGUGGUCCGGACCGGGAUAGCGAAUCGUGUCUAGUUCUGCCGUAGCGUGGUUAGAUGGGUAUUCGAGACCCGAGCAUAGGUUGUGUUAUGUUCGUGCUGUUGUGCAAAUAAAGUGUUGCUCCCAAGAUAACGUCUGUGACUCAGUUGGACUCACUACACAUUCGCAGCAUCACCUCAAUUGUCUCCUUCAAGAGACACUUCAAAAUUCACCUCUACAACCACACUUUCGAGUGACUCUGAGCUUGGCUCCGCACCUCUGAGUUGCGGCCGUUACUUCCACAAAUUGGCGCGCGUUAUAAAUUGCAUUAUUAUGAAUCGUCAUCAGGUGCAAAGAUACAGCAGUAGAACUGCUGAACAGGAAAGGGCUGUUGCAAGAAGAGGUUAUAAAAAGGUUUGAGGUGGGUGUCACCCAAGGGUAAGUAGGCGGGGUCAGAGAUGGAAAGGAGUCCCGUCGCUGCACGCACAGCAGCUGCGUUAAAGGGAGAGAUUGGCAUGUUAAUGUAAACGAGUUUAAUAGAAUUAAACUCGUGCGUGCGGCGACGGGACUCCUUUCCAUCUCUGACCCCGCCUACUUACCCUUGGGUGACACCCACCUCAAACCUGUAUAUAACCUCUUGUUGCAGCAGCCCUUUCUUGUUCAGCAGUUCUACUGCUGUACGUUUCCACCUGAUGCCGAUUGGUUGUGUUGCGAUCAAAACGUGAUUUAUUAUUUAUUUUUCUACCUAUGACUUUACAGAAAGAACCAAAGAGUAUGGACUCCUGCAGUCACGAAAACUUCAAAUCAAAAUUAAAUGAUAAAUAUUUUAAUUAAUUAAAAAGGUUUAUCAUGAACAUUUAUAAGUGGCAGAGCGAGUGGGAAAGUGUUGUCCCUUACUGUGUGGACCAGAGAUCAUUUGUAGAGGGAUUUCAGAGGUAGCUCUGAAAUAUCGCUUCUAUGGGCCAAUUUCUAACAUGCUCCAUGAGAGACCCGGAAUCUUAGUCUUACGACACUGAUAGCACAAUCUGUGUUGUGUUCACCAGCAACAAAAGCCAAUUGGGUAUGAGGAAAUGAAGGGGCCACAAUUGAAAAUUAAAGUGGUGUCAGAUGUCUGCUUGGUUUGACUUUUUACCAGGCAUACAGAUGCAGCCACAACACUUCUUGGUCAGAGGCAUUUUAUUGGAAUAUGUCCACCACCACUUGCAUUUACAACGGAACCACAUUCACGUCUAUUUCAAUUUAAGUUCCAUUGCAAAGCCGUGCACAUUUUAUUAUCAGGUUGCUGGAUGGUGCAGCCAUGUCCCCAAAUUAUUUAGAUCCCACCAGACUGUACAGACUCAACAACACAGUUAUUUCAAACAGGUAUUUACAGCUCUCCAAUGCAUUUCCACGUUGUUUGGAACGAGGUUCGACGGUUUGCUUUAUAUGCCAGGAACUUGAUGACAAUCCAAAAGCACAAUGGAGAGCUAUACAACACAAGCCGAAGCACCUCCACAGGGUGUAGGUGGUUACCCCUGUCAGUUGGCACACCCUUGGGCUCAGGACUACUAUAAGGCUGUAAUCACAGCAGUCGUGGCAUUGGCAGUAUUGACCCCCCAAUCCCACCAGCCACUGCCCCCCCACCAAACACCCGGGAAGUUAAAUUGUAUCUGCUGUGGGCAUGGUUGUGGGAGGCAGUACGUGGAGUAAUGCAGUGGUGUAAAUUUUAGGGACUGUCACUAAAUUUAGCACUUUUUUAGUUUCCCUGCUGAUUAAAUGUCAAUGGCCAAUGACAAAUUUAUAAACUUUUUCUAAGAUUUAAUUUUGUUAUGCAGACUUAGGAGCGAUUUUUGGUAUUCAGCCUCCCGUAACAGUUUACUGUGUAACGCUUUGUAAAUUUUGUGAUAUUUUUUACUUUAGGUCUAUCAUUUGGCAACUGGAAAGUAAUGUGGGAGACUAACUAUUUAUAAUUGCGCAUUUAGUUGGGGAAAGGAGAAGACGAUUAAAGAAUAAAAAUAACUAGUGAUAAUUUGGAAGGGAAGUGAUAGCUAAAUCAAAUGAAAUUUUCCCAUUUACUGUUUGUGCAUUUGUGUCUGAAACUGCAUUAAUCUUUAAUGGGUGCGAGAAU